GUGCCGGGCCGGGCCGUGCUGGGAUGCAGCGAGCGGUAGCGCGGGUGCUGCGUGGGCUGCGUGGGUUGCGGGCUCCCCCCGUGCGGGCGCUCUGUGCAGCCGCCGGGACCCCCCCGCGAGGGCUGCUCUAUGAGCGGCACGGGGAGCCGGCGGACGUCCUGCAGCUGAAGGAGCUGGAGCUGCCUGCACUGGGACACUCAGAUGUCCUCAUUAAGAUGCUGGCGGCGCCCAUCAACCCGGCCGACAUCAACAUGAUCCAAGGCACCUAUGCCCUCCUGGCCCCGCUGCCAGCCGUGGCAGGCAGUGAAGGCGUUGGGCGCGUGCUGGAGGUCGGCCCUGGCGUGGUGGCACUGAGCCCUGGGGACUGCAUCAUCCCUGCUGACGCCGGGCUUGGGACGUGGCGGACACACGCGGUGCUCCCCGAGCACAGCCUGCUGCGGGUGCCCGGCGACGUCCCACUGCUGUGCGCUGCCACGCUCAGCGUCAACCCCUGCACGGCGUUCCGCAUGCUGAGCGACUUCGAGAGCCUGGCGCCAGGGGACUCCGUCAUCCAGAACGCGGCCAACAGCGGCGUGGGGCAGGCUGUCAUCCAGAUCGCAAAGGCUAUGGGCAUCAGGACCAUCAAUGUGGUGAGGGACAGACCCGACCUUCCCCAGCUGGUGGAGCGGCUGCUGGCCUUGGGUGCAGACCACGUCGUGACGGAGGAUGCGCUGAGGAAGCCGGAGAUGAAGGAGAUAUUUAAGAGCAUCCCGAAGCCCCGGCUUGCCCUGAACUGCGUUGGAGGCAGGAGCACGACGGAGAUGCUGCGGCACCUGCAACCCAAAGGGACCAUGGUGACCUAUGGAGGAAUGGCAAAGCAACCCGUGACAGUGCCAGUGAGUGCCUUCAUCUUCAGGGAUGUGAGGCUGCGUGGCUUCUGGAUGACCCAGUGGAAGAAGGACCACGACAAGCAGAGCAUGGCCAGCAUGGUGGACACCCUGUGCCAGAUGGUGCAGAAGGGGCAGCUCAGCGCUCCUGCCUGCACUGCAGUCCCUCUGGAGGACUUCAGGGAGGCCCUGGCAGCCUCUAUGCAGCCCUUCACCUCCUCCAAGCAGAUCCUCCUGCUCUGACUUCUCACAGAAAUUGUUUCUUUUUCUUCUUUUUUUUUUAAUUUCAGGUAUUAAAAGCCUCUGGGAUUUUGCAGAGGCUGCACUGAACAGAGGCUGGGUUUGCUUCUGGAGGGAGACCUCGGUCUCAUUUUAGCUUUGUUACAGCAGAAAGCCUGGGCUCUUCCCUUGGCCAUCUCAAGGGAAGGGAGCAGACUGAAUUGCAAAACCACUGUUUAAAAUAUUACUGUUAUUAUUACUUUUUUCUUUCUUUUCUGUUUUGUUUUGUUAAUUUUUCCCUUCCUAGCACAUGCAGUGCUGGCAUCAUUGCGGGGCACCCAUGCAGGCUGGAGUUAGAAGGGACGACGUGGGUACAUUUUCUACCCCCUGGGCUCACCCCAACAGCUCACCACCAUCAAUGUGAUUUUUCCAAUGCCUGGACUUGAAUCCAGUAUUGCUGCUGUUUCUGAACCACCACAACUUCUGACUAUGGAACGCGCAGGGAAACCUCUUGGAAACCAAUGUCUGAUAUAUCUAUUUUUGUAAGAUGCUGCCAAUAAAUGUUUAUGUGCUCAAAGCA